AUGGCCGCUCCUCGCCGUCCGCUACCGUGCGGCAUCUACGCCCCGACCAUGACCUUUUUCGACGCCGAGACCGAGGACCUCGACAUCCCCACCAUUAAAAAGCACGCACAGCGCCUCAUCCGCGACGGUCUCGUCGGUCUCGUCGUCAUGGGCUCCAACGGCGAGGCCGUCCACUGCACGCGCGAGGAAAAGCUCGCCGUCACCCAAGCUACGCGCGCAGCCCUCGACGAGGCCGGCUUCGCCUCCACGCCCAUCAUCCUGGGCGCCACCGAGGGCUCCGUGCGCGGCACCCUUGAGCUGUGCACGCUGGCCGCCGCGCACGGCGCCGACUAUGCCCUGCUCCUGCCGCCGUCGUACUACCGCGCGCAGACGGACGAGGGCGUCAUCCUCGACUACUUUACCGCCGUCGCCGACGCCUCGCCGCUGCCCGUCAUCCUGUACAACUACCCCGGCGCCGUCUCCGGCAUCGACAUGGACAGCGACCUGCUCGUCCGGCUGGCGGCGCACCCCAACAUUGUCGGCACCAAGUUCACCUGCGGCAACACGGGCAAGCUGACGCGCGUGGCGCUGGCCACGCGCGCCAAGACUCCGUCGGCCAAAGGUUCCGGGUACAUGGCGUUUGGCGGCAUGUGCGACUUCACCACGCAGACCCUGCAGAGCGGCGGCAGCGGCAUCAUUGCGGGCGGCGCCAACGUCAUGCCCAAGGUCUGCGCCCGCGUGUGGAACCUGUACGCCGAGGGCCGGCGCGACGAGGCUGAGGCGCUGCAAAAGAUUCUCAGCAAGGGCGAUUGGCCGCUCACCAAGGCGGCCAUUGCUGGAACCAAGCAGGCCAUUCAGACCUAUUUUGGUUACGGCGGGUAUCCUAGACGGCCGCUGAAGCGUCUCGAUCAGGCGUCCAUCAAGGCAAUUGAAGAAGGCACACGCGAAGUGAUGGAGGUGGAAAAGAGCCUUCCCUCUGAGGUGUACGCUACCGGUCAUGCCAUUGCUUAG